UGUUUUAGCUGGUGAUCAGCAGCUGCACGAGAAAAACAGCGACGCUGCCAACCGUGAACGACGCGCGGUGCCGGACUUCGGCUAUAGAUUACCUGCACAAAUGAAGAGCUGAAAAUAACCUAGAAUAAUCGGGUCUACGUAUUGAGAUGAUCUGGUUUUAUCAUGGCGAAAGGUCUAUUUCCUCGGGCCUUCUAUUUCCAGGCUCGCAUCUCCUUUGUGCGGGUGAGAUACCUGUUCUUCACCUGGCUGACGGUGUUCGUGGGGGGCUGGGUGAUCUACGUCCAAUACUCCAACUACACGGAGCUCUGCCGAGGACACGAGUGCAAGAACGCCAUAUGUGAUAAAUACAGGAAGGGCAUCAUCGACGGCUCGGCGUGCAGCAGCCUAUGUGACAAAGACACACUCUACCUGGGCAGAUGUCUCUCCACCAGUCCCAACAACCAGGUGUACACAGGUGGCUGGGGUGACCUGGACGGGGUUAUCCACUGCCAGGUCGGGGAGGUGCUGCACUAUGAGCUGGGGGAGGAGCCAGAGCCUAGAAGGGAGGCCACAGUCUUCGACAAGCCAACCCGUGGAACUUCUGUGGAGAAGUUCCGAGAGAUGGUUUUCAAUCACCUCAAGGCCAAGCUGGGUGAGCAGGCAAACCUGGCCAGCCUGGUAAUUCAGAUCCUCACCAUCACAGACGGAAACAAGGACGGACACGUCUCCCUCCCAGAGGCCCGUUCGGCCUGGGCUCUUCUCCAGCUAGACGACGUCCUGCUGGGUUUGCUCCUGCAGGACCGGGGACACACCCCGCGGAUCCUUGGCUUCUGCGGGGACCUGUAUGUGACCGAGAGGGUCCCUUACGGCCCCCUGUAUGGCCUCAACCUCCCCUGGCCCCUGGAGGCCUGGGUUCCCAGUGGGGCCCGGCGCAGCAUGGACCAGUGGUUCACCCCCUCCUGGCCCCGCAAGGCCAAGAUCUCCAUGGGCCUCCUGGAGCUGGUGGAGGACGUCUUCCACGGAACGUACGGGAGCUUCCUCAUGUGCGACCUAACCGCCGACCACUUUGGCUACACGGACCGCCACGACCUCCGCCUCACCGACCUGAAGGCAAUCGUUUCCGAGGACACGUUCCGCCGAACCAUGCGCGCGUUGCCCUGCGACAAGGACGGCGACUGCGUGCUGGGGACGAACUGCAGGACGUCGUGCGACGCGGCUCGGAGGCGAUGCGAGGAGGAGGUGACCCAGCCGAACCUGGCCAGGGCGUGCAGGGCUCUGAGGGACUACCUUCUGAGGGGGGCGCCGUCCGCUCUGAGGGAGGAGCUGGAGAGGCAGUUGUACACCUGCAUGGCCCUGAGGGGCUCGGCCGGCCACAUGGACAUGGAGCAUUCGCUCAUCCUGAACAACCUCAAAGCCCUUCUCUGGAAACAGAUCUCCCAUACUAAAGACUCGCGGUGACGGGCGCCACACGACUGAUACCUUAGAAACUUGAUCCUUGCUCACGCGCAAUCCUUGAUAACUGACUCUGACUUGAAUAAAGUGACUAGUCGGUAAGUCUGUAACUGAGGAAGAGCCAUAAAGCAGACUUUAGGUAGGUGAUUUCCAACCACUCCGCUGUUUGAUGCAUCGUGCAUUCACAUUCAUCUUUUGGUUUCCGGUUAUAUUGGGUGAAUGAUAUUGGGGGUGGGGGUGUUGGGUUGGACUACACAUUAGAAGGGGUCUUGCACAUUUUGGUUUCUUAAGGGACAAUGUGACCCCCUGGGGUGACUGGUUGUAGAAAUGUGGUCUAUAAUUUGGCCAAUUCAGUAUGUCAGAUGUUAUUGGAAGUAAUCCAUUGGCUCAUGCACUUCACUGGACAUUUACUUGUCUUUUAAUGGUAAACAGGAAUGCUGGAACAAAAUAAUGGCUUGACAGUGACCAAUAGUAUGGUCAGAGCCUUUGUUUGGUGUAGUAUGUUCAUUUCUCAAAAAUAACUGUUGAUAGUUUGACUGUUCCUGUGUAGCACUGCCUGUAUACUAGUGAUGUAAUUAAAACAUAGAAAUCAUGCAGAGAAUAACUGACUUGGAUGUUUGUCCAACCCUUGUGGAGGUACUAUACAUGAAUGUGGAUUUCUGAAAGCGGUCACCUCAGUCACAUAACUGCUGGUGAGGGAUAAAUUGCAAUAUAGAUGUUUGCUUCCUUGGAAGUUUGAACCAGCAUGAUUUUGCACAAUAAAACUAUUUCAUCCAG